AUGGUGGCUUCACGACUUGUCCGACCAGCUGCACAGCUCCUCCGCAGCUCCCCUUCAACACUCCCCAGAUGUAGCUUGCAGAGGGUGGCUGCACCGGCGGCAGCAUUGAGGUUGAGGAGGUCAUAUGCUACGCCCUCGGGUAGCAAGGAAAUGACAGUGCGAGAUGCACUGAACGAGGCGAUGGCGGAGGAGAUGGAGAAGAAUGAGAAGGUCUUCGUGCUGGGUGAGGAGGUUGGACAGUACAAUGGCGCAUACAAGGUUACGAAAGGCCUGCUAGACCGCUUUGGCGAGAAGCGAGUCAUCGACAGUCCCAUCACAGAGUCCGGCUUCGCAGGCCUGACAGUCGGUGCUGCCCUCGCAGGUCUCCACCCUGUCUGCGAGUUCAUGACCUUCAACUUCGCCAUGCAGGCCAUCGAUCAGAUCAUCAACUCUGCGGCCAAGACACAUUACAUGUCCGGUGGCAUUCAGCCUUGCAACAUCACUUUCCGUGGACCCAACGGUUUCGCAUCAGGUGUUGCAGCUCAACACUCACAGGACUACUCAGCUUGGUACGGCUCGAUACCCGGUUUGAAGGUCGUUGCGCCCUACUCCGCCGAGGACGCAAAGGGUUUGUUGAAGGCUGCCAUUCGCGACCCGAACCCCGUCGUUGUGCUUGAGAACGAGCUUCUGUACGGUCUGUCCUUUCCGAUGAGCGCAGAGGCUCAAUCUGACGACUUCGUAAUUCCGUUCGGCAAAGCCAAGAUCGAGCGACCUGGCAAAGACCUCACCAUCGUGACCCUCUCCCGCUGCGUUGGCCAAUCACUAGUAGCCGCUGAACAGCUCAAGAGCAAGUACGGCAUUGACGCUGAAGUCAUCAAUCUCCGAUCGGUCAAGCCUCUUGACGUAGAGGCCAUUGUCAAGUCCGUCAAGAAGACCGGCCACAUGAUGGCAGUGGAGUCCGGCUUUCCAAGCUUCGGCGUGGGCGCUGAGAUUAUCGCCCUUACCGCGGAAUACGCCUUCGACUACCUCAAGGCGCCACCAGUCCGUGUCACUGGUGCGGAGGUCCCGACACCUUACGCGCAGAAGUUGGAGGAGAUGGCCUUCCCAUCGGAGUCGCUUAUCGCGGACUACGGCGCUAAGCUCUUGAGAGUGUAA